GAUAUCACCACAACUUGGGAAAUUGCAUGUGCUGGAAAAGUUAAACCUCUCCCACAACAUGUUGUCGGGCUCCAUUCCACCUUCUUUUGAAGCAAUGUUCAGCUUGCAAUCUAUUGAUUUUUCAUACAAUGCUUUGGAAGGUCCUCUUCCCAACAGCAAAAACUUUCAGAAGACUCCUGCAAUGGCAUUCAUAAAAAACAAAGGUUUAUGUGGUGAAGUGCAAGGUUUGAGACCCUGCAACGCUCCUUCAAUAAGGCAUGGUGAUGCAAGGAAAGGCCGCCAAGUUGUCAUCUUCAUUGUUCUUCCUCUCUUGGCAGCCUUGUUUCUUUUAUUUCUAGUCGUCGGCCUUUCUUCCAUUUAUUCCCAAAGACGAAGAAAUAAAGAGAAGGUAGUUCUUGAAAAGAGCAGCAGAAAUCCAUUUUCAAUAUGGAAUUAUGAUGGGAUUGAUGCAUUUGAACAGAUCGUGGAAGCGACAGAGGGUUUCGACGACAAAUACUGCAUCGGAACUGGAGGGUAUGGAAAAGUUUACAAAGCAAAUCUACCAUCAGGCCAAGUAGUAGCUGUGAAGAAACUUCACACACUUGAAGGUGGGGAUCAAUCCGACCAAAGAAGUUUUAGAAAUGAGAUUCGAGCAUUAACAGAAAUCCGCCAUCACAACAUUGUGAAGUUUUAUGGUUUUUGUUCCCAUGCUCAAUUCUCAUUUCUAGUCUAUGAGUACAUGUAAAGGGGAAGCUUGGCUAGUAUCCUAAGCAACGACAGAGGAGCUGCAGAGUUGGAUUGGACUCUAAGGGUGAAAGUUAUUAAAGGUGUGGCCCAUGCAUUAUCUUACAUGCACCAUGAUUGCACCCAACCAAUUGUCCAUUGAGACCUAUCAAGCAACAACUUUCUGUUGAAUUCGGAACUUGAGGCCUGUGUCUCUGACUUUGGCAUUGCAAGAUUGUUGAUACCUGAUUCGUCCAAUUGGACUACGCUCGCCGGCACUUACGGAUACAUCGCUCCAGAGCUUGCAUAUACAAUGAGGGUAACUGAAAAAUGUGACGUAUAUAGCUUUGGCAUUGUGGCACUUGAAGCGAUGAUGGGAAGGCAUCCUGGGGAGCUCAUCUCCUCUCUGACACCACCAAGUAGACAAGAUACACUGCUAAAGGAUAUGUUGGACCAACGUCUCCCGGACCCGACAGCUGCGGUUGCACACGAAGUCAUAUUUGUGGUGUCCGUGGCACUUUCAUGCAUUCGGCCGGAUCCAAACUCUCGGCCAACCAUGCACCACGUGGCUCAAGAGUUGUCUAUUGAUAACCGGAGUGUGAAGGCCAUUACGAGGAAGACAACCGGAAUGGGAAGGAUGAGGUAUUUACAUCAUGUGCCUCAAAGGUUCAAGUGCAAUUUCAGAGAAGGGACCCAAGUAGCUCCGAGGAAGACAACUGCUGCUGCAUAGAGGAAUUGCUUCAGUUUUGGGGCAUGUCUCAAGUAUCCAGUUCCUGUAUUUGAUCUUGUUGAAUUUUAUCAAUUAGGUUCUUUUACACUGGAGAUAUUGCUAUCUUCUAUAG